GCUAACUGUGGGUACGAGCUUUCAGUUUCCAUCAGUAAGCGGGCAGAACAGGUUCAAAAGUCCGUUAAAAAAUACGAAAUGCAAAACGACAAAUUUAUGCCUCCAGAGGCACCGACUCAUGGAUACCCGGCACAGGGAGAACCACAGCAUGGAUACCCCCAGCAAGGAUACCCACAGCAAGGAUACCCACAGCAAGGAUAUCCUCCGCAAGGAUACCCACAACCAACUUAUCCUGCUCAGAACUAUGCACCACCACCACAGGGCUUCAACCCACCGCCACCACAGCACUACGGGCCACCUCCACAGAUCUAUGUCCCACCACCACCACCACUACAAACACUGCCGCAAGCAACAGUUGUGGUAGCAUCCAACCAGCGGAGCAAACCACAAUCAAACGCUGUGGGCGCAGCUGCACUUAUCUUUAUGUCGGGUGGCAUGAACAUUGCAUGGAGCGUGGGUUUUCGUAGUUUCGCGUAUGCACUUGUACCACAGCAUACAUAUGUAGCCUGGUUUAUUGCCGUCAUCAUUGGAGCAGUAAUAAGUUUUUUUCUCACCAAUAAAGUGCCCAAGAAAAUUGUGCUGGUUGUCUCUUCGCUUCUUGUGUUAAUCGCAGGAAUUACAAGAGCAGCGACUAGGUACAACCUUCAGGCCGUUGAGGCGUGUCUCUAUCUUGAUGGUAUUGCCAAUGGGUUGACCUUUGCCCCAGCAAUGGCGUUGGCCGGAGAGAUAGCAGUGUCUUACAAGCGUGGUUCGAUUACUGCAUCCGUUGAGCAUAUGAGCUACACACUGGGAUUCUUUAUUCAGAUCGUAUAUACCGAAUCCUGGACUGAAGGCAAUGCGUAUUACUAUAACUCCUUUACGUCCGAUCAAAUGCAUGGCGUUCUCUCGGCGAUUUAUGGACUGAUUGCUCUAAUAAUUGCCGCACUCUUUUGCAUUGAAUCUCCAGUGAUCAUGCUGGCCAAUGGACACGAGCAGCAAGCCAUUGAGGCACUGCGUCGUCUGCAGCAGCCAAGCGUUAUCACCACGGAGACAUAUGCCCAAUUGGAGGAGCACAAACGUUAUCUGGCGCACAACAAGUAUCUGUCGAUCUGUGAUAGUCUUGUUCGAGGACUGCCGGCUCUUAUACGACUCAUCAUUUUGCGGGCACUUUGUGCCAUGAGUCUGUCCACCUUUGUCUACUACGCUUUGGUUGUUUCCAUGGUACCCAAUCUUACUGUUCGCUUUUACUGGGAAUUCGUAGUCUUUGGUGCUUGUCGCUGGGUCGGUACGUUAAUAACGAGCUUCUGUUUGGAGUCUGUAGGACGCAAGAAACCAACAUUAAUCGGUCUUCUCGUCAGUGGAGGCCUUGCCUAUGUUAUUGCCUAUAUAUUGAAAGACCUCCCCUAUGGUCCGAUAGAAUCCAUUUUUUACCUUCUCUGCGUCUUUCAGCUCUUUGCCGGCGUUGCCUUUACGGCUUCUUCCGCCUACCUAUCCGAGGCUUUUCCUCUGAAGGUUAAGCAACAUUACAUCGGCUUCACUUUGAUUGCCGAAAUGCUAAUCUACAUUAUCACAACCUGUGGCAAGUACACAAAAGUUGGUCAUUUAUUUUUCUUUUAUUAUUUCGCUGGAUUAUUGCUGAUCAGUUUCGGCAUGGGCAUUCUUUGUCUACCGGAAACACGACGCACCACACUCCGCGAGGCCCAGGACAAGUUCAAGGACAUGAGGGUCAGGCCAUACUUCUGUAGGGGGAUUUCAAUCUGUUAACUGCACUUGAAAAUCGACUAUUGAUUAUUAUAUUUAUCAAUUGCUAAAUGCAUUUUAUGAAGGUUGCAGCUGCAAAGCCUUAAUUGACACUUAUCUGAUAUACUGGCAAAAUUGAAUAGACCUUCAAUGCGUCAGCAUCUGUAAAUAGUUCUGGCAACAAUUAACAAGCAACAACAUAUAAUGGCUUAUAUACAUAUAUUGAUUAAUUUGCAGGUAAUGUACACAGCUAAUGUAUUUAAUGCAAUAAAUUAAGAGUGUAUCUAA